UAACUGCAUUUGACAACACAGCAGAUUGCCUGACAUUUUCGCAUCUAAUUAACUUUAAAUUAUGUGGCAUAGACAGUAUGACUAAAAAGGUAGAAGAUGACUGUCAAACCAACCCACCUGACCACCUAGCAAGCCAGAAAAGAUUCGAAAUAUAAAAAGGCCAUCAGUUACCCAGACAACAGCUUACAUUUAAGAACCAAAUAUGGCGGAGUCCAGAAAUUUCGCUCGCGACUUUCUGGAGGCAAACCGCGAGCGGAUCAUUUGGGGCGUGCAGGACAGCAGAGCUGUGGCGGAAGCCGCCGCUGCCCAGCGCCUACUCGAUGACCGAUGGACUGUGGAGGUGCGGUCUGCUCAGACCCCUCAGGAAGUGAUGAGGACGCUGCUGCGCGGCCUGGAGUCAGACACCGCAGCGAAGAUGUCAGCUUUCUACCAAAUACUCAGACAAAUGGAACCCAGGCUCAUUGAACAACUGGAGCAAAUGGACAGUGUGAAGGAAGAAAUACACACAAAACUGGACCACACGGGUGCAGAGACCAAGCAAGAUGUGGACAGAAUAGAACAUUUAAAGGCUGAGAUACAAUCAAAAAGAGAUGCCUUUCAGAAGAGGAAACGGGAGACAAUGCAAGCCAUAGAUGAGAUCGAAAAACUCUGGGAGGGAACAAAGAGAGAAAAGGAUGAUAUAGAAAACAUGAGGGCUAAGAUCCAGAAACAAAAUAAAGAUCUGGGACACAUGAUGGAAGAGAGGAGGCGACUAGAAGGCAUGGUGGAUCAGAUGAAGGCUGAUAUACGGAAGCUGAGGAAAGAGCUAAGGCAAAACCGAGAAGAGAUGAGACGUGAGAAGAACUCAACGGAAAAGAUGAGAGCUGAACUGCAAAUGGAGAAGAGCUCCUUGGAGACAAGGAGAGAGGAGAUCAUGAAGGACAGGGAACAACUACAGCAGAUGAGAUUUUCAGUACUGAAAGAAAGAGAAGAAAUUGAACAAGCCCAUGAAUUUACAAAUCAAGAGAAACUCAGGAUGGAACAGAUGAAAACUAACAUUGAAAGACAAAUCGAGGAAAUAGAGAUUCAGAAAGAAGAGACAAAGGUGGCAAAGGAGAGGAUGGAACAGAUCAGAACAGAGAUACAGACAGAGAGAGACACUCUGGAGAGGACAAGGUCUGAAACAAAAAAACAGAAAGAUCAGUUCGAACAGAUCAAGUAUGAGAUCAAUAAAGUCAAAGAAGAAAUGGAGAAAAGGUGGUGUGAGACCCAGAAUGAAGAACAAGAACAAAGGGCUGAUUUACAAAGGCAAAGAGAGGAGCUGGAGAAAAUGGUGGUUGAGUUAAAGAGAGAAAAAGAAGAGGUAAAAAAUUAUAGAGAAGAGGCAGAGAAAGAGAAAAGACAGACAGAACAAACGAAAGCAGAGCUACAUGCAGACAAAUACAGUUUACAGAAGGAAAGACAGGAGAUGAUCAGAGAAAGGAAGGAGUUGGAACAGAUGAAAAGUGAGAUAGAGAGAGCUAAAGAAAGCAUGGAACAAAGCAGGGAGAUUACAAACAGGGAGAGAGAGAAGAUGGAGAACAUGAAGAGUGCGAUUCAGAGAAAGAUGGCGGAGAUAGAAGUCAAGAUGGAGGAGGCAAAGCAAGCCAAAGACGAGAUGGAUAAGAGCAGGACAGACAUACAGAAAGCAAAAGACAUGCUGGAGAAACAAAGACAUGAAACAAGACAAGCAAAAGAGGAUCUAGAAAGGAGGAGGUAUGAGACUCUGAAUGAGGAGAUGGAGCGGAGAGCAGAAAUACAGAAAGAAAGGGAAGGGCUGGAGAGGGUCAGAUUGGGAAUGCAGACAGAAAAAGAAGAAAUGGAGAAAGCAAUGAAUGACAUGGAGAAAGAGCUGAACCAAAUGAGAGAAGAGACAAGGCAAGAGAGGAAUAAAGUAGAACAGAAGAAAGCAAAGAUGCAAACUGAGAAAGAUGUCUUAGAGAGACAAAGAAACGAGAUGAAAAAGGAGAGAGAAGAGUUAGAAGAGCUUAGGAAGGAGACGUUACAAAGAACAGAUGACUUGGAAAAAAGCAGGGAACUGAUGCAAAAAGAGAAGGACAAGAUAGAACAGCUUAAAACUGAGCUACAAGCCCAAAUGGCGGAAAUAGAAAACAAAAUGGAAGAUAUACAGGUAGCAGAAGAAAACCUGAAACGGAUGAAGACAGACAUUGAACGACAGAAGGAUGACUUGGAAAGAAAAGAGAGUAAGGUGAAGAAGGAUAAAGAACACUUCGAAAAGAUCAAGAAUGAGAUAAACCGACUUAAGGGAGAGAUGGAGAAAAGGUGGACUGAGACAGAGAAAGAACAUCAAGAACAAAGAGUUCAAAUACAACAAGAGAAAGAACAGAUAGAAGUAAUCAGGGCAGAGAUACAACGAGAAAAGGAGAAGACAGAAUGUGACAGAGAAGAAGCAAAGCAAGAAAAGAGGCAGAUUGAACAAAUGAAAUCUGAACUGCAUGCAGAAAGAGACGUUCUGGAGAAAGGCAAAGAAGAGACUAAACGAAAGGAAGCAGAACUGGAUUGGAUUGGUUAUGAAAUAAAGAAGGCAACCGAAAUCAUGGAGCAGAACAAAUUAGUGACAGAGCAGGAAAAACAUGAGAUGGAGCAGACAAGAGUGGAACUAAAGAAACAAGUGGAAGAGAUGGAAAAAAGAAAUAGGGAGUUGAUGCAGAAGAACGCUGAGCUAGAGCAAGCAAAAGCACAGACUCAAAGAGCAAAAGAAGUCUUGCAAGAGCAAAUUGAUGAUUUCCAGCGAAAAACAGAAGAUCUGGAGAGGAGAAGAUAUGAAAUUGUCAAAGAGGAACUGCAGCUGAGAAAUGAGAUACAAAGGGGCAGACAAGAAUUGGACUGGAUCAUGGUGGGGAUUCAAAGGGCGAAGGAGGAAGCAGAUAAACGGAAUGAUGAGAAAGAAAAUGAUGAAUUAGAAGCUGUGAUGAAAACAGGUAGAACUAGCAUGAAGAUAACAUGGGAAGAAUCAAAUCUGGAAGAGCUCAAGAUCACACAGAUAAAAAGCAUGAUGCGUGCAUAUAGGGAUACCCACGACACGGGAAGAGAGAAGGAAGAACAGCAGGUCAAAUCUGAAAUAGAACGAGCACUAGAAGUCAUGGGACAAAAUAAAAAAGCGAUAGAGCAAGAAAGGCAAGAGCUGGAGCACAUGAAAGCAGAGAUACAGAGAGAGAACGAAGCAAUGUGGAGGAGACGGAAAGAAACAUGGGCUGAGAUUGAAAAGCUAGAACAGAUGAAAAGAGAGGUAUUGAAGUCCAAAGAAGAGAUAGGGAAAAGUACAACUGCAAUGAAGAAAGAGAAGGACACAAUGGAACAGAUAAAAUCUGAGAUAAAAGGACAAAUAGAAGAGAUAGAAAACAAGAUUGAAGAAACAAGAAGAGCAAACUACAGGCUGGAACAAAUGAAGGAUGAGAUAGUGAGAGAAAAGGAUGAGUUGGAGAGUAUAAGAGAUGUGAAGGACGAAGAACCAUUUGAAAAGGUGAAAUAUGAGCUGCAAAGAAUAAAAAUUGAGAUCGAGAAGCUCUGGGAAGAGACCGAACAGGCGGACUGUGAACUGAGAGCUAGGUUACAGAAAGAGGAAGAAGAACUGGAGAACAGGGUAGAAAAGAUACAGAGGGAAAUGUUGGAAAUGGAGAAAGUCAAGGCAGAGAUAAAGAGUCAGACAGAAGAACUUCUGAAUAAAAAAGAAAGGAACGAAAGAGAACUGGACGAGAUUGAAAAAGCAAAGGCUGAACUAGAGAGGCAGAAAGAAGAAAUUGAAAAUAAUAUAGAAAAGGCAAAGAGCAAUGCAGAAAUGAUGAGGACAGAACUUGAGAGACAGAAAGAAGACAUUGAAAAAAGGCUAGAGAAGACAAAGAGAGAGCGAGAGGCCAUAGAGCAGAUGAAAGCUGAGAUCCAAAGUCAGAAAGAUGAAGUGGAACACAAGUACAAAAUGACAAAAAACGAAAUGUGCAAGUUGGAGGAGAUGAGGAAUGAAAUCCAAAGGAGGAGGAGUGAGCUGGAAGAGUGGUUACUGUUGUCAUUGACGAACAAGGCGGAAAUCGAGCUGCUGAAGGCGGGACUGCAAAGACAGAGGGUAGAGGUUGAAAGAAUGCUGCUAGCAGCAAAGGCAGAAAAUGACACGCUAGAGCGACAAAAGGCAGCUAUCCACGGAGAGAGGGAGGAAACUGAAAAAAUGAAGGCAGCCAUAGAGAGGGAGAAAGAUGCACUGGAGCAGAUGAAAAAUGAUCUGAAGAAAGUGAAAGAGGAAAAUGAAAAGAAAAUGGAGAAGAUGACGAGUGACAUGCGGAGCGUAAUGCAGAUGAGAACCGAAAUAGAAAGCCAAAGCAGUGACAUGGAGAAGAGGAUCAUAAACACACUGAAAGACAGACAAGAGGUGGAAACAAUGAAGGUGGACAUAAAAAGACAAAAAGAAGAGCUGGAAAUGAAAAUCGCUGAAGCAAAUAAGGAAAAGGACAAGAUAGACCGGAUGAAGAUGGAACUGCAGAAAACGCUAGAUGAAAUGAAAAAAACCAAAGAGGAGGAGAAAAGAAUAUGGAGAUGGGAGGAAAUCACGACAAUGGCUAAAAAAGAGGAAAUAGGCAGGAGGACAGAAGCUGGCAGAUACAAGGGGACUGAGACACAGGGAGAGAAAGAGGGGCCAAGGAAGACGAAGGGGAAGAGGGAAAGACAUCUUGGAACAUGGGUGAUACAAAAAAAGAAACGAAGAGAGGAAAGGAAUGAGGGCAACGUGGAUAUGAAAGAAAAAACAGAAAAGGACUUGGAAGAAAUGAGGGGAUCCACAGGUGACUUUGAAAAGAUGGAAGAAUUGCACGAAAGGAAAGAUGAUGUGGACGAAUGGACAGAAAGAAGGAAAUGGAAAAUGGUGGAGCAGGUGAAAGCAGAUGUGCAAAAAGAAGAAGUGAAACACAAUCAGUCCAGGGAAGACAGCAUGACAGAGAUGCUGACAAUGAUAGCUAGAAGAAGAGAGAUGGAGAAUGAGGAGGAGGAUGUAGAAAAGGAAUUGGAAAAAAUAAACAGGGAGAAGGAUGAUAUCAAAAAGCUGAAGGCUGCACUACAGAAACAGCAAAAGGAAAUGGAGAACUGGAUGGAGGAAAGGGAACGGGAGAUGAUUAGGAUUAAAGAGAUGAGAACUGACCUUGAAAACAAGGAAGAGCACAUUGAACAAAUGAGAAAUGACGUUAUGAGUAAAAUUAGCAAAAUGGCAGCAAUUGAAGCUGGAAGGGAUGGACAGACACAAGGAAUAGAAAUGCAAUGGGAUCUGAUGAAGCAAGAGAAGGAUGUCAUUCGUCAGCUGAAAGCUGAGCUGCAAAAAGAGAAACAGGAUAUAGAGAAAUGGAUAGAGGAAAGACGGCGGGAAGGGAUCAGUAUUGAACAAAUUAAAGCUGAUAUUCAAAAUGAGAAACAGAAAAUUGAUCAAGCCAGAGAUGACACUAUGAGGGAGAUUAGCAAAAUGGAAACCAUUAAAGCUGAGAUGGAUGGUCAGAAGGAAGGAAUAAAAGAACAACUAGAGCAGAUUAAGAGAGAAAAAGAGGAUAUUGAAGAAAGUAAGGCUGAGCUGCAGAAGAAGAAUGAGGAAUUGGAGAAAUGGAUACAAGAGUGGCAACAAGAGAAAGUCUUGACUGACGAACUAAAAGCAAACCUUGAAAAAGAGAAAGACAAAAUUGAUGAAACACUGGAAAGGGAAAGGGAGGUAAUGGAAAAGCAAUUGGAGCAGAUGAAAAGGGAGAAAGAAGAUAUGGAAAAAUGGAAGGUUAAGCUACGGAAAGAGAAAGGAAAAAAGGGGCGACAGAAAGAACAAAUGAAAGAACGACUGGACCAGAUUAUGAGGGAGGAAGACGAUAUUGAGAAAAUAAAGGCUGAGUUACAGAAGCAAAAAUUGGACAUGGACAACUGGAUACAAGAGAGGCAGCAAGAAAAAGACUUGAUUGAACAGAUGAAAACAGACCUUCAAAAUGAGAAAGAAACAUUUGAUAAAGUAAGAAAAGAAACAAAACUUUUGGAAUUCAAAUUGGAACAGAUACAGCAGGAAAAGGACGAUAUUGAGCAACAAAAGUGUGAGAUACAGAGACAGAGAGAGGAAAUGGAAAACUGGAUACAGGAAAGACAGCAGGAGAUGACUAGGAUUGAACAAAUGAAAGAGGAUAUUGAAAAUGAGAAAGAAAAAAUUGAUCAAGCCAGAGGUGAUGUAAUGAGGGAGACUGUCAAAAUGGAAGCCAUUAAAGCAGAGAUGGAUGAACAGAAAAGAGAGAUGGAGAAGGAACUGGACAAUAUUAAAAGGGAGAAAGAUGAAAUUGAUCAAAUGAAGUUGCAGCUUCAGAAACAAAAAAUGGACAUAGACAACUGGAUAGAAAAGAGGCAGGAGGAAAAAGACAAGAUCGAACAGCUGGCAACAGACCUUCAAAAGGAGACAGAAACAUCUGAUCAAAUAAGAGAAGAAACAAAACUUAAACAACUAAAACUGGAACAGAUACAGCAGGAAAAGGACGAUAUUGAGCAACAAAAGCGUGAGAUACAGAAACAGAGAGAGGAAAUGGAAAACUGGAUACAGGAAAGACAGCAGGAGAUGACUAGGAUUAAACAAAUGAAAGAGGAUCUUGAAAAUGAGAAAGAAAAAAUUGAUCAAGCCAGAGGUGAUGUAAUGAGGGAGACUGUCAAAAUGGAAGCCAUUAAAGCAGAGAUGGAUGAACAGAAAAGAGAAAUGGAGAAGGAACUGGACAAUAUUAAAAGGGAGAAAGAUGAAAUUGAUCAAAUGAAGUUGCAGCUUCAGAAACAAAAAAUGGACAUAGACAACUGGAUAGAAGAGAGGCAGCAAGAGAAAGACUUGAUUGAAGAAAUUAAAGCAAACCUUCAAAAAGAAAAAGAGAAAAUUGAUCAAACUCGAGAAGAUAAUUUAAGAGAAGCCAGAAAAAUUGCAGAUAUCAAAGUUGAGUUGGACAGCGAAAAGGAAAUAAUGGAAAAUCGAAUGGACCAGAUUAAGAGGGAGAAAGAUGAUAUGAAAGAAUUGAAGGAUAAGCUACAGAAAGAGAAAGAAGAAAUGGAACGACAAAAAGAACAAAUGGAAGAGCAAUUAGGCCAGAUUAAGAGGGAGAAAGAGGAAAUUGAGAAAAUAAAGGCUGAGCUACAGAAGCAAAAAUUGAACAUUGACAACUGGAUACAAGAGAGGCAGCAAGAACUGAUCAGUAUUGAACAAAUGAAAGAGGAUCUUGAAAAAAAGAAAGAGAACAUUGAUCAAGCCAGAGAUGCUGCAGUGCAGGAGAUCAGCAAAAUGGAAGCCAUGAAAGUGGACAUGGAUGGACAGAAAGAAAUAAUGGAAAGGCAAUGGGAAGAGAUGAAGCAGGAGAAAGAUGUGAUUGAUCAACUGACAGCUGAGCUAGGGAAACAGAAAGAGGACAUGAACAACUGGACAGAGGAAAUAGAGAAAGAGGUGAUGAGGAUUGAAGAAAUGAAAGCUGAUAUUCAAAACAAGAAAGAGAAAAUUGAUCGAGACAGAGGUGAUGUAAUGAGGGAGAUUCUCAAAAUGGAAGCUGUUAAAGCUGAGAUGGAUGGACAGAAAAGAGAGAUGGAGAAGGAACUGGACAAUAUUAAAAGGGAGAAAGAUGAAAUUGAUCAAAUGAAGUUGCAGCUUCAGAAACAAAAAAUGGACAUAGACAACUGGAUAGAAGAGAGGCAGCAAGAGAAAGACUUGAUUGAAGAAAUUAAAGCAAACCUUCAAAAAGAAAAAGAGAAAAUUGAUCAAACUCGAGAAGAUAAUUUAAGAGAAGCCAGAAAAAUUGCAGAUAUCAAAGUUGAGUUGGACGGGGAAAUGGAAGUAAUGGAAAAUCGAAUGGACCAGAUUAAGAGGGAGAAAGAUGAUAUGAAAGAAUUGAAGGUUAAGCUACAGAAAGAAAAAGAAGAAAUGGAACGACAAAAAGAACAAAUGGAAGAGCAAUUAGGCCAGAUUAAGAGGGAGAAAGAGGAAAUUGAGCAAAUAAAGGCUGAGCUACAGAAGCAAAAAUUGAACAUUGACAACUGGAUACAAGAGAGGCAGCAAGAACUGAUCAGAAUUGAACAAAUGAAAGAGGAUCUUGAAAAAAAGAAAGAGAACAUUGAUCAAGCCAGAGAUGCUGCAGUGCAGGAGAUCAGCAAAAUGGAAGCCAUGAAAGUGGACAUGGAUGGACAGAAAGAAAUAAUGGAAAGGCAAUGGGAAGAGAUGAAGCAGGAGAAAGAUGUGAUUGAUCAACUGACAGCUGAGCUAGGGAAACAGAAAGAGGACAUGAACAACUGGACAGAGGAAAUGGAGAAAGAGGUGAUGAGGACUGAAGAAAUGAAAGCUGAUAUUCAAAACAAGAAAGAGAAAAUUGAUCGAGACAGAGGUGAUGUAAUGAGGGAGAUUCUCAAAAUGGAAGCUGUAAAAGCUGAGAUGGAUGGACAGAAAAGAGAAAUGGAGAAGGAACUGGACAAUAUUAAAAGGGAGAAAGAUGAAAUUGAUCAAAUGAAGUUGCAGCUUCACAAACAAAAAAUGGACAUAGACAACUGGAUAGAAAAGAGGCAGGAGGAAAAAGACAAGAUCGAACAGCUGGCAACAGACCUUCAAAAGGAGACAGAAACAUCUGAUCAAAUAAGAGAAGAAACAAAACUUAAACAACUAAAACUGGAACAGAUACAGCAGGAAAAGGACGAUAUUGAGCAACAAAAGUGUGAGAUACAGAAACAGAGAGAGGAAAUGGAAAACUGGAUACAGGAAAGACAGCAGGAGAUGACUAGGAUUGAACAAAUGAAAGAGGAUCUUGAAAAUGAGAAAGAAAAAAUUGAUCAAGCCAGAGGUGAUGUAAUGAGGGAGACUGUCAAAAUGGAAGCCAUUAAAGCAGAGAUGGAUGAACAGAAAAGAGAGAUGGAGAAGGAACUGGACAAUAUUAAAAGGGAGAAAGAUGAAAUUGAUCAAAUGAACUUGAAGCUUCAGAAACAAAAAAUGGACACAGACAAUUGGAUAGAAGAGAGGCAGCAAGAGAAAGACUUGAUUGAAGAAAUUAAAGCAAACCUUCAAAAAGAAAAAGAGAAAAUUGAUCAAACUCGAGAAGAUAAUUUAAGAGAAGCCAGAAAAAUUGCAGAUGGCAAAGUUGAGUUGGACGGGAAAAAGGAAGUAAUGGAAAAGCAAUUGGAGCAGACUAAGAGGGAGAAGGAUGAUAUGAAAGAAUUGAAGGUUAAGCUACAGAAAGAGAAAGAAGAAAUGGAACGACAAAAAGAACAAAUGGAAGAGCAAUUAGGCCAGAUUAAGAGGGAGAAAGAGGAAAUUGAGCAAAUAAAGGCUGAGCUACAGAAGCAAAAAUUGAACAUUGACAACUGGAUACAAGAGAGACAACAGGAAAAAGACUUGAUUGAACAGAUGAAAACAGACCUUCAAAUAGAGAAAGAGGAAAUUGAUCAAUUAAGAGAGCACAUAAUAAGGGAGACGACAAUUUCAGUAACGAAAACUGAAAUGGAUGUAGAACAGAAAAUUAUGGAAUCGCAAUGGAGACUGAUACAACAAGAAAAGGCUCAUAUUGAACAAUUAAAGUCAGAGCUACAGAAUGAGAGAGAGGAAAUAGAGAAGUGGAUCCAGGACAGACAGAAGGAGGAAAUCAGGAUUGAACAAAUGAAAGAGGAUCUUCAAAAUGAGAAAGUGAAAAUUGAUCAAGCAAGAGAUGAUUUAAUGAGGGAUAUCGGCAAAAUGGAAGCCAUUAAAGCUGAGAUGGCAGGACAAGAAGAGGGAAUGCAAAAGGAACUUGAGAAAAUAAAAAGGGCGAAAAAUGAUAUUGAACGAAUCAAGUUGGAGCUACAGAAACAAAAAAUGGACAUAGACAACUGGAUACAAGAGAGACAGGAGCACAAAGGCUUGAUUGAACAAAUGAAAAAAGAAAUUCAAAAAGACACAACGGAAGUUGAUCAAAAACAGGAAGCAACUGUAAGAGACACAACAAUUUCAGUAACAAAACCUGAAAUUUACAAAGAAAAGAUAAUUAUGGAAUUCCAGGAACAGAUACAACAGGAAAAGGACAAUAUUGAGCAACAAAAGUGUGAGAUACAGAAACAGAGACAGGAAAUGGAAAACUGGAUACAGGAAAGACAGCAGGAGAUGACUAGGAUUGAACAAAUGAAAGAGGAUCUUGAAAAUGAGAAAGAAAAAAUUGAUCAAGCCAGAGGUGAUGUAAUGAGGGAGACUGUCAAAAUGGAAGCCAUUAAAGCAGAGAUGGAUGAACAGAAAAGAGAAAUGGAGAAGGAACUGGAAGAGAUAAAAAUGAAGAAACAUGACAUUGAACAGCUUAAGUUUGAAUUACAGAAACUGAAAGAGCAAAUGGACAACUGGAUGCAAAAAAUGCAACAGGAGAAGGACUUGAUUGAACAAAUGAAAACAGACCAUCAAAAAGAGACAGAAAAAAUCGAUCGAUCAAGGGGAGUGAAAAUAAAGGAGACAGUUAUUUCAGCAACAUAUCCUGAAAUAAAUAAAGAAAAUGAAGGAAUGGAAAUACAAUGGAAGCAGAUUCAGUUGAAGAAGGAUGAUAUUGAACGACAGAUAGAGAGUGUGAAUAAGACAGACAUCGAUAAGGAGGUCAAGACGUUUAGGGAUGACAUGUUCAAAGGGGUGGAAGGACUAGUGGAAGACAAAGACCUGAAGACUGAUACUAUAAAGGAGCAACUGAUGAAAACAACAGAGAAUCUUGACCAUGAAAAAGACACAGAGCCUGUAAGACUUUGGGAAAUGGUGGAUGUGGACAUACAAGAGGAUUAUGAGACCGAAAAAACUGCUAGGCUAACAGAGGUGGAGGAUACAGGAGGGAGACGAGGGGAAGAGACAGAUGGGGAGAUGCAAAGAUCCACAGAGCAUCUUGUGCAUACUAGCACCUCUUUGGAACAGGAGGAAAGGGUGCAAGGACAAAUUGUGAUAGAAAGAGAGUCACGUGCAGCUCCCCGCAGACUUGGGCGAGCAUGGCGCUGGUUCAGACGCCGCUGUUGGCGCUGCUGUUUGUGCUGUUGCCCUCAGCCUACAGAGGAAGAAAUCGACUUGACAGAAUCAUAGAUUCUGUUGAUUUCCUGUCAUGCGACUAAUGGGCAGCUGAAUGUGUUAUUUGCAUGAAGAACUCCUCCUUGGUCAAAAAACAUCGCGUUUCCCCAAACUGCUUUGUCAAUGUUGUAUAUUUACAUUCUUUUCUAUAUUUUUGGUUUGUUGCCUGUUUGACUGGUGUGGAACUUGAAACAUGACAUUGUGUCUGCACACUGAUGUCUGACUGUUAUCGACAAUAACAAAUCGUGGUAUUAAAAGCAUAGCUCGUGCACCAAACCUCCAGUGUUAUUACAGCAAGGUCUUAAGCACCAGCAGGAUUUCACCAAGAUGUAAUUUAUGUUUAAUCUUGUACAUUUGUGUAUAUAUGUAUAAAAAUUUAUAUUUUUCUCAAACUUAACUAAAAACAUUUUUAAAGCAAUGUCAAAAAGAUUUGUCAUUUCAGAAAAAAAACAUUUUGCAUAAGAACAUAGAGUUUGGCAUUCGUAUGCAAGACGAAUGGAUGGAAAUACAACCAGAUGUUAUGCAUAAUUCUAAUGACCCUGAAAACAUUAAUUUUAAAAGAUGACAAACCAUUAUUUUAAGUGAUCCUCUCCACUUGCCAUUGGGCCAUGACUCGGAUAACUACUGUCCACGGCAGUCCUUUUAUUUCUAUCUUACACAUAAUUAAACAUUGGGAUGAAUGGCAGCAAAGACAAACAAGACAAUGAACUCAUGGACUGGAAUUUCACUGCUGUCUAUGUUUGUCAUUGACCAAGUCUUGGGCAAGUGAGCACAUUGCAAUGAGUCAAUGUCACCAGCUGGACAUGGAUAAAACCUCAAUAAGGAACACAUCACAUCUGGACCUUCUGCUGAGGCCAAACAUUUGGAUUUUGCAGUCAUGGCCUGAGUGACUCAGCAAGUCGGUCAGUUUCUACUACAAGUGGAUCUUCAGAGAGGACCAGUUGCACCACCAGAGAUGGACACACAAAGACGGACUGAAGAGCAUUUUGAAUCUCAUAAAGAUAAGGAGGAAAAUUCAGCAGUUGGAUCCUAUCACGUGCACUAUGUAGAGUGGUGGUGUUCAUGCUUUCAAGAGGGUACUGACUGAUGUUGUGGAGGGAUGAUUAAUUCAGGGCAAUUCCCAUAUUCCUUGUUAUACUGACAGACCUUUCUUUUGAUGUUGCAGUGGAAAUGCAGUACAGUGUGGUAAUUAUCAUGGCGAUCCAUAAAAUGUAUAUCAGCUUGGUUGUAUAUGCUCUGGUCUGGGGUUGGUCAUGUAUUGUUAGACUGCAUGAAGAGCAAAAUAUUACUCUGAGUUAAGGUAAAGACAUGUAUAAAUAAGACCCUAAAACCCUUUAGUUCCCCAGAAUAUUAUGAAAUACUGAUUAUGAGCUUGUACAGUCAUUUUAUUAGGUACACCUGCUCAAAAUGCUGCAUCUUAAAACCUGAAGCUUGCAAAAAAGGGUUGAAAGGUCCACUUACCGUUUGGCAAAACACUGGUGCCAGAUAUGGCGAUACCUGCCUCUCAGAAAGAACCAUCAUCUUUCUCUGCCCUACCUAGUCUAGAAUUUACAAAGCAUAGUGUGGAAAAAAACAAUGUAUACCAUUGAAAUUGUUCUAGAGGCAGAAGGGGGUGCUAUUUGGUUCUAGUUAGGCGUACCUGAUGAAACAGCCACUCCCUGUAGUUCAGUUAAUUAAUCAUAAUGUCUGGUGGUGGAAUGUAACAAAUACUGUACAGUCGACCCUCGCCAUUUCGUGCUUCGACUUUCGCGGCUUCACUUUAUCGCGGUUUUUUGUAUAUUCAUUAAAAAGUUGAUCGAGAUGAAAUGAAAAUGAUACAUCGCUAUUAAUUGGUAUUAAUUGGUAUUUGCACCAAAUAUUUUUUUCAAAAUGACAGAUUAUAAAUGUGUACCAGUGUAUUAUUAAACGCAGACUGUCGAUCUUAA